CGUCGUACGUAGCGAACAUUCCCUGGUUCUGGCCAGGGAUCGUGGGUCCGGUCAAUCCACCGGACGAUUGACCGACCCCGACUGUCACAAGCGCGAUGUGACGGCAACGAAUUGGGGCACCAGCGCUGGUGCCGCCGGUGGGCUCGCCGAAUGGACACUCGACGAGGACAGCUACAACAUGGCCAAGUUUGACCAGACCAACGGGGCGUGGCCGAUUGAUUCGCCGCUGCCGCUCCCGAAGUGGUCUACCAAACCGGCCAAGCCGUACGUUAUCGACAAGGUGUGGCAGUAUGAAGAUUUGGUCGGACUGAUUGAAACUAAACUACAGCGGAUGUUGGAGGAGACUCAUUACAAUACAGUGAACAACUUUGUGGAUUUUCACAAGGCAUACCGUGUCGCUCACAGUGCCAACCCGGAUCUGAAGACGCAUUUCCAGAACUAUGCAAUUCCAAUCAACCGUCGACACCACAUGUGUGUCAGCUUGGCUAUGGAAAUUGUCUCAAGGCUUGCAGAACACCAUCCCCACAUUGCUGAACAUUUCUAUCUGGUUUCGUGCGAGGAGGCUGUUGAGGAAUCGGAAGCCUAUGUUCGCCACUGCGAGGAGAAAGACAUCGAGCAUGCGGGACCAAGCCUGGAGAAGGAGCACGCCCUGAUCGCCAUGCGCAUUGUCGUUGCCGGGCGGGAAGGCGUGCUGAUCCUGGAUCCGGGAUACCACGUGGCACGAGCUGUAACUGUAAUGAAAGACCAAUGCUAUCCACAUACCGGCUGGUUUACCCAAUCGAACGAACCACACUGCAAGCGAGAGUAUUGCUACGUGUUGAGCCACCACAGUGCGGACUACAUCACCUGGACAGAACGAGCGACACGCGCCGGCAAACAGCAGUACGAGGUUUCGGUCAUCUACAUCGAGAAACCGUACCGGACGGCGAUUGAUGUCACCGUCCGGCGCAAUCUGGUGUACAACUUCCGCUCGCUGCUAUCUCGCGACGCCAAGGGCCGUGUUUGCGCCGGGUUGUACUUCCCGGUCGUUCUGAACCCAGCUGAUGCACAGGUGACGCUGUUCUACGACAGUGUUAACGACACACAGGUCAAGCAGAAAUUCAAGUUCUCGUUCUUUAAAGAUCCCCAAAAGAUUCCCGAGAACUUAAUAAUUCAUCUGGAAAAUCUAGCACCGCAACUGCGAAUGAAAGUGUGUGAGUUGAAAACUUUAAUGCGCGACUUAGCGGACUCAGUGCAGGAUAUUGAUUUUGUGAGGCAGGUACUGGAGAUCAACAACCACGUCACCGAAAUGUCAGCCGAUAAUUAAUCAUUUUCAAAACACCUAAAACAGCAAACAGCAACCACUUAAAAAUUGUUUAAAAUACUUCUUGAUAACGAUAAAUAUAACUAUACUAUAACUAAUCCGACGCAACGAAUGCUACAAGACACUAUACACUUUCACUGUACAACGUAGAAUUCAACUGAGACUUAUUGCAUAAUUUGAUUACUUUAUUGUAUUGAGACGAAACCAACAUUUAAGACAGUUGGUUGAAUAAUUUAAUCCAGGUACACAUCUAUAUACAAAAAAAUAUAUAGAAAAAAAAAUACAAUUCCUCACUACAAAUGAAAAUAUCCAACGUUUAAACGCACUUUAGACAACAGCCUGCAUUUAAUCCAUUAUCUAAGGGCUAGAUUUUCAUGAUGUAUAAUUAGUUCGUUCUUUCCACUUUUUCCAACACGGAUAAACUGUAUACUUAUAUGAUUAGUAUGUAUCGGGAUGAAGGAUCUUUGUAACUUAGGUACGUUUAGUAUUUCCGUGUAACCCAGUAAUUUAGAAGCCAUGCAUUCGGAUCGAUUCGUAUAUGAUUAGUGUUGUGUUGUAAUUGUGCAACUUUUUCCCCCAAAGGUCUAUCAAAUCAUCUGUCUACCGACGAUCAGUGUGUGUUUUUCUAAGUUAUUGUUGCUACCUAUUCUAUAUAAAUAAUUUGAUUGUAUUCAUGAAAAACCAAUAAAACUGCUUGAACAGCUUGACCAAAA